UUUUGAAGAAAAAAUAUGGGGUUAGGAAUAGGCAUUGAUUCUAAAAAAAUAGGAAAUUUGAGUGUAGAUAAAAUAGAGGAUAAUAAGAAAAAUGAAGAUGAGAUUGAAGUAACAGGGUGUUGGAUUAAGUUCAGGUUCUUGGGAAGAUGUAUAUCCACAAGGUCUAAAGUUGAGAGUACUAAUUGUAUUAGUAGCAUCCCAUAUGAAAGUAAAUCUACAAAUGAGACUAUUUUAGACCAACCUGUUGUUGCAACUGCUUCAUCUGCAACCACUAGCAAUGGGGAAAGCACCACGUCUACACCAAAUGUGACAGACGAGCUAAAAAUUUCAUCACAGCUUCGAAAAUUCAGUUUCAAUGAACUUAAGUCGGCGACCAGGUGCUUUAGACAGGAGAGUCUCCUUGGUGAGGGUGGCUUUGGUUGCGUUUUUAAAGGAUGGAUUAACGAGAAUGGUACUACGCCCGUAAAACCUGGCACUGGUCUAUCUGUUGCGGUCAAGACCCUCAAUCAUGAUGGAGCUCAGGGACACAAAGAAUGGCUUGCUGAAGUUAAUUUUCUUGGUGAUCUCUUGCAUCCUAAUUUGGUUAAGUUGAUUGGUUACUGCAUCGAGGAUGACCAAAGAUUGCUUGUCUAUGAGUUCAUGCCUCGAGGAAGUCUUGAAAAUCAUCUUUUUAGAAGGUCCUUGCCACUACCUUGGGCGACUAGAAUAAAAAUUGCUCUUGGCGCUGCAAAGGGUCUUGCUUUUCUUCAUGAGGAAACUGAAAGACCUGUGAUUUAUCGAGACUUUAAGACUUCAAAUAUAUUACUAGAUCUGGAUUACAACGCCAGGCUGUCUGAUUUUGGACUUGCUAAAGAUGGCCCAGAAGGGGAUAAUACACACGUUUCUACUCGUGUGAUGGGUACUCAUGGCUAUGCUGCGCCCGAGUAUGUGAUGACAGGGCACUUGACAUCUAAGAGUGAUGUGUAUAGUUUUGGAGUGGUGCUACUUGAGAUGAUAACUGGGAGGAGAUCAAUAGACAAAACCCGACCUAAAGAGGAACAGAAUCUUGUAGAAUGGGCGAGACCAUAUCUAGGUGAGAGACGAAGAUUAUAUCAGUUAAUCGACCCCUUACUUGAAGGUCGAUUCUCAGUAAAAGGUGCACAAAAGGCUGCUCAAUUGGCUACUCUUUGUCUUAACCGUGACCCGAAAGCUAGACCUCUAAUGAGUGAGGUUUAUGAAGUUCUUCAACCGCUCGUAAACCUUAAAGAUAUGGCUUGUUCAUCUCCAUAUUUCCAGGCACUGCAUUUACAGGGUGAACGGGCCAGCACGAACCAGACAAGUAGAAAUGGUGUGGGCUUAAGAGGCCCGCCAAUGAGGAACUUCUCGGUUUCAAGGUGUCCGAAUGUGUCUCCCCGUCAUAAUGAUCAACCUUUUCAACGGUCUCCAAGACCUGUCAGAUAACUAUAUGGUCACAGGGUGUGGGCUUGUGGCUUCGAUGACUUUUCAGGUAGUAGUAGUUUGACUCAAAUAUAAUUGCUGUAGAAACUGGUAAAAUUCUUACUUUCAAGAUGAGUAAUGAAUGAGCAAGGAUUUGCAAA